AUGGAUAAGGGUUGGAUGUUCCUGGCUGAUAGAUGGUGUGAUGAAUAUAGGAAUGGACUAGAGAAAUUUUUGACAAUGGCAAAACAGCACAAAGGUGAUAAACCAAAGAUUAGAUGUCCAUGCAGGAAAUGCAGAAAUGUGAAGUACUACUCUGUUCAUGUUGUUGAGAGUCAUCUGUUGUAUAAGGGGAUGGAUAGUACUUAUACAUAUUGGAAAUUUCAUGGGGAAACUCUACCUAAUGAAAAUUCAAAUGUUCAUUCAUGUUGUGAUAAUGAGCAUGAAAUUAAUGCUAACAAUGCAGAAGUAAAUGAUGACGAAAUGCAAGAAAUUUUAGAAGACAUCUAUUGGGGGACCUUUAAUGAAGAAGAAUUAAAUGGUGGGAGUAAUAAGGAGGUUUCUUCUAGAAAAGAAGAUGAGUUAGAAAAAUUUGAUAGAUUAUUUAAAGAUGCUAAGCGGGCCUUAUAUCCUGGCUGCAAAAAGUAUUCAAUAUUACUUUUUGUUGUAAAAUUGCUACACUUGAAGGUACUCAAUCGAUGGAGUAAUAAAUCUUUUACCAUGCUUCUUCAACUAUUGAAGGACUCCUACCCCGAUGAUAACUUACUUCCAUCCUCUUACUAUGAUUCAAGAAAGUUAUUGGGGGGCAUUGGGUUGCGAUGUGACCUGAUUCAUGCAUGCAAGAAUGACUGUGUUCUCUUUUGGAAGGAAUAUGAAGGAUUGGAUCAUUGUCCAAAAUGUUUUCAAUCUAGAUGGAAAAUAAAUGAUGGCAAAGGUAAAAAAGUUCCUCAGAAGAUUCUUCGCUACUUUCCUUUGAAGCCAAGACUGCAGAGACUAUUUAUGUCAAGAAAAAUAGCAUCUUAUAUGAGAUGGCACAAGGAAAAACGAGUUGAAGAAAUAGGGGUCUUAAGUCAUCCAGCAGAUGGUGAAUCAUGGAAAGAGUUUGAUAAGAAAUUUCCAUGGUUUGCUGAAGAUGCUCGAAAUGUUCGUCUUGCAUUGUCAAGUGAUGGUUUCAACCCUUUCAAUAAUAUGUGUAACUCCUAUAGUAUGUGGCCAGUGGUGCUCAUAAACUAUAAUAUGCCACCAUGGGUAUCAAAAAGGGAGCCUUAUUUCUUCUUGUCACUACUUAUUCCAGGUCGUCGGUCACCGGGAAAGGAUAUUGACGUGUUUUUGCAACCUUUGAUUGAUGAACUGUUAGAAUUGUUCAAAGGGGUUUGGACAUAUGAUUCUGUGACUGAACAAUGCUUCCUUCUACAUGCAGCACUUAUGUGGACUAUAAAUGACUUUCCGGCUUAUGGAGACUUAUCUGGUUGGGUGACCAAGGGAAAAAUGGCAUGCCCUUGCUGCAAUGAUAAAACGGACUAUCAGUCAUUGAGAAACAAGAUUGGUUACUUGGGCCACCGUCGCUUUUUGCCUGAUAAUCAUGUGUGGCGAAAUGAUGGCAAAAAAUUUAAUGGUAGGGUAGAGAGAAGGUUGAAACCACGGGAAUUGUCAGGUGAAGAAAUUCUUGAACAAUUACAAGUUGUUGAGGGUGUAACACUUGGAAAAAAUCCAAAUACUAAGAAAAGGAAGCGCAGUCUUGAAGAAAGAAACUGGACUAAGAAGAGCAUAUUUUACCAAUUACCAUAUUGGAAAGAUAUUCUACUAAAACACAACAUCGAUGUUAUGCACACUGCUAAGAAUUGGUGUGAUAAUAUUAUGGGAACUUUGCUUAACUUAGAAAACAAGUCAAAGGAUACAGAUAAAGCUCGGCGGGAUUUGGAGGACAUGGACAUUCGGCAUGAGCUACACUUACAUCGAAGAAAUGGCAAGCUUGAAAAGCCACAAGCAUGCUAUAAUCUGUUACCAAAAGAGCGACAAGGUUUUUGUGAAUUUUUGAGUUCAGUGAAGUAUCCUGAUGGCUAUGCAGCUAACAUAUCAAGAUGUGUCAACAUAAAAGAUGGUAAGAUAUCAGGAUUAAAGAGCCAUGAUUGUCACAUUCUUUUGCAACGAAUGCUUCCUGUCGGAUUGCGCGGAUUCUUGUCAACAGAUAUGUAUACUUUAAUAUGUGAAGUAGCCAAGUUCUUUCAAGAUCUGUGUUCAAAAAAGCUUAGUUUGGAAGAGAUUGAGAAAUUAGAAAAGAACAUAGUAAUGAUAUUGUGCAAGUUGGAAAUGAUCUUUCCACCAGCUUUUUUCGAUAUUAUGAUCCAUUUAGCUGUUCACUUACCCCGUGAAGCCAAACUUGGAGGGCCUGUCCAACAUAGGUGGAUGUACCCUUUUGAAAGGUACCUAGGAAGUCUCAAAGGAACUGUGAAAAACAAAGCCUAUCCAGAGGGUUCAAUUGCAGAAACAUAUAUUGUCAAUGAAAGUUUAACUUUCUGCUCCUUAUAUCUUGAUGGAAUUGAGACAAAAUUCAAUCGACCGGAUAGGUAUUAUGAUGGAGAAAAUCCUGCUCAUGACAGGUUAUCCAUAUUUUCCCAUAAAAUUCGUCCAAUUGGAGCGCCUCUAGGUGCCACUUUGACUAGGGAUCAAUAUAAUUUGGUCCAUUGUGAGCAUGAGGAAGAGCUAAAAAGAAGAAAUCCAUCAAACCUCUUUGAGAGACAGAAAGUUGAAUUUCCAUUAUGGUUUAGAAAAAAAAUGAAGAACUUGCAUGAUCAAGGAGACUGUCAAGCGAAUAAAGAUCUAUAUUCACUUGCAAUGGGGCCAGAUAUUCGUACCACCAUGUAUCCCGGUUGUAUAGUCAAUGGAGUUAAGUUCCUAACUAAGGAGCGUGAUAGUCGUCGAAAGACACAAAAUAGUGGUAUAUGUACUGAGGGAGAGCACAAUAAUGAAAUUAUAGACUUCUAUGGAAUUGUUAAAGAAGUCAUGCAGCUAAGAUAUAGGGGGAACUGCCAAGUUCUUUUAUUUGGGUGUGAAUGGUUUGAUUCUAGGACAGCUCGCUGUGAUAAGUAUUUCACAAGUGUUAAUUUUGGGAAAAAAUGGUAUGCAAAUGAACCUUAUGUUCUUGCUACUCAGGCCACCCAAGUUUUCUAUGUUAAUGACACAAAAUUGGGUGGAGAUUGGCAUGUAGCUCUUGUUGCAGAUCACAGACAUAUAUGGGAUCCAUCACUUUUCCAACCCACUGAUGAAAAUGAUCCUGAAGAUGCAUUUGGUAAUCAUGAAGCAUACCAACAGAAUGAGUGUUCAGAAAUCAUGUUUGAAGUUCAAGACUAUGAAGCAUUUUCAUUGGACAGAACUGAUGUUGACCCAGAAACCAUUGAUUUAGAGGAUAAUGCACCGGGUGACGAAGCUGAGAAUGAGUUGGAUGAUUUCAUUAAUGAUGAGAUGAUUGAUGAAGAGUCAGGAAGCACCAGAGAAAGUGAAGAAGAACCUUACUUGAGCUUUAGUUCUGACAGUGACAUAGAGUGA